AUGGCUGCGGCUCCCAGGCCACCCAAAGACCACUUCAACGUCUUGUUCUUUGCAAGCGCGGGCUCCUUCACAUCCAAGCAAUAUGAGGUGUUGCCGGCCCCUCUCCCCUUGAAGAAGCUAUUCGAUGCGCUUGAAGAGAGACACGGCGGGUUCAAGGAGAGGUUCUUAGGGUCGUGUCUGGUGACGGUCAACUUAGAAUACGUAGAUAUCCCUGGGCCGGACGACGAGGACGGUCCGAUAAUACGGUCCGGCGAUGAAGUAGCCAUCAUUCCUCCGCGGACGCCGAGCACGAUCAAGGCCACCAACAAGACCACGAUGAACGUCGACACUAUGGAGAUGAUGGACGUCAGACUCGUAAUAGUCGAAACCUGGCAGCCCAACGGCUUGGUGCGCAACUCCCAUCGUUCCGCCCAGUGCGGACAAAUGUUCUCGUCGUAG